ACCGCAACCACCAUCAUGUUCUCCAUUGCCCGCACCGUCUUGCGUCCAGCCCUGUCCCGCUCGCUCGCUGCUCCAGCGUCCAGCGCGUCGUUGCACACUUUGCCCGACCUGCCUUAUGCUUAUAAUGCUCUGGAACCGUAUAUCUCGGAGAAUAUUAUGAAGCUGCAUCACACCAAGCACCACCAAACCUAUGUCAACGGUCUCAACGCGGCGGAGGAGGCUUACGCCAAGUCCGACUCGACGACGGAGAGGAUUGCUCUGCAGUCUGCUUUGAAGUUUAACGGAGGAGGCCACAUCAACCACUCGCUUUUCUGGACCAACCUCGCUCCGAACAACGCUGAUGGUGGAAAACUCACGGACGGUCCUCUAAAGUCUGCCAUCGAAAGCGACUUUGGCUCGGUUGACGCUUUCAAGAAAAAAUUCAACACAACCACCGCUGCUAUCCAAGGGAGUGGCUGGGGCUGGUUGGGUUACAAUUCGUCUGCCAAAAUGCUUGAAAUUGUCACUACUGCGAACCAGGAUCCUUUGAUCUCCCACACUCCUAUCAUUGGUGUGGAUAUCUGGGAACAUGCUUUCUACUUGCAGUACCACAAUGUUAAAGCCGAUUACCUUACCGCAGUCUGGAACGUUAUCAACUUCAAAGAAGCUGAGAAACGAUUCGUGGAUGCAUCAAAAUAGUUACCGAGAUCAAAUAUCGCAUGUAAUGCAUCAAUGCAAUGUUAUCUUCAUCCAUUCAGAUCAAUCAACAAAUAUCCGAGGCAUUCAUCCUGGAAGAUCCACUUCCCGUAACUAAUAUCGACCAUCAUCACCACAUAAUUUUGAGCUAGUGUUAGCUCUCGCCUCUUGGGGAUGUCUUUAGUUUCAGUGAAGAACCUACAUAUUCUUCGCAUCUUCUAAAUGUUCUCAUAUCGAC